AUGCCAAUCAUUAUAGUUUUUUGUAGUUUUUGUAUCGGAUCAUGUGUUGUUACUGUAGCCAUUCAUGCUAUAGGUGAUAGAGCAAAUGACAGGAUCCUUGAUAUGUAUGAAUCCAUAAUUUCUAAAAAUGGAAUAAGGUAUCGAAGAUUCCGGAUUGUGCAUGCCCAUCAUCUUUUACCUAUGACUGCAGACCAGUUUGGUGAACUAGGGAUUAUUGCUUCAGUACAGCCAGAGCACCUAUUGUAUGAUUUUGAAUCUGCCACAAAAAAGCUUGGAUUGGAUAGGGCUCGAAAGGGUUCUUAUUUGUUUGGGUCACUUCUAAGUGGCAAUGCUACUUUAGCAUUUGGUUUAGACUGGCCUGCAUUUGUAUCCUUUGUUCAACACAACUUCAUGCUGAAUAACGAGGUUAUAGCGAGCAAAGCGCUUGCACUGGAGGCUAGAGACGCCCAUCUGAAGCUCAAGGAUGAACUCAAAGUAGCGAAGCUGGAGGUUGCAUCCAGGGAUGCAGCCAUCCAGAAAAUUUCUGAGCUCUAG